AUCUCCCACCCAAUCCUUCUUCUCUUUCUCUUAUCCAGUUCACUCUAAAUGGAACUGAAGAGAUCUUCACUCUCAACAAGUAGUUUUAGAUCAAUCCAAGAAGCAUUAAAAACAAUUCGAAGGAGUUUCACUAUCAAAACUAUCCUUGAAGGAACUCAUAAUCCGAAAGACGAGCAAUUCGUUCAGUCCUUAAGAGACUUACUUCUUUCAUCCGGUGCCCAACUUCCUGACAAGUUCGACGACUACCACACUCUCCUUCGUUUCUUGAGAAUGCGAGGUUUUGAUAUAGUGAAAGCUAAGGAAGCAUUACUUAGUAUGCUCAAAUGGCGCAAAGAAUUCGGUGUCGAUGCAAUUGCAAAGGACUUCAAACUUAAUGAGUAUGAGAAGGUUAAGAAGUAUUAUCCACAUGGAUUUCAUGGAGUCGAUCGAAAUGGAAGACCGGUGUACAUAGAAAGAACAGGAAUGGUCGAAUUAAUGGCGUUACUAAACGAAAAUUCUAUCGAUGACUAUAUAAAGUAUCACAUUUCUCAGCAAGAGAAGACAUUGAACUUGAGAUUUCCUGCUUGUUCACUUGCUGCUAAAAAACACAUUGCUUCCUCAACUACCAUUCUUGAUGUCAAGGGAGUGGGACUUAAUAGUUUUUCAAAGCCUGCAAGAGAGUUAUUCACAGGAAUUCAGAAAAUCGACAGCAAUUACUAUCCAGAUACUCUGAAUCAGCUAUUCAUUGUGAAUGCUGGAUCAAGCUUUGUGGUUUUAUGGAAAAUGCUUAAGGCGUUUCUCGAUGCGCGAACAUUAUCGAAAAUUCAUGUGUUAGGAAAUAAGUUUCAGAAUAAACUCUUUGAAGCUGUUGAUCCAAGUAAUUUGCCGGAAUUUUUGGGAGGGACAUGCACUUGUUCUGAAAUUGGAGGUUGUUUGAUGAAAGAUAAAGGACCAUGGACUAACCCAGAAAUCAGUGAAAUUUUGAAGAAUGUAGAAAGAAAUGGAGAGUAUAGAGAUGAAUCAUCAUCAAAUGGACUAAGUAUUGGAGAAUGUUCAGGUCUUCAGGAAUUCACUGAUGAAGAAUUAAACUCAAUCAGUAAGAUAAUGUUGGAAGAAGUUUCGGCUUUGGAGCGUUGUUUAGACGACAGCAAAACAAUAUUGCAAGAUCUUAAAUCAAAACAAGAAGAGAUUGAAUCACACAUAGAACAACUAAAGAGACUGACUAUAUCUGUGAACAAGUCUCCAAGUGAUUAAACAUUAAUUACCUUUGUAUUACAUUCUUUCUUUU